UGGGCUGAACUUCCUUUUCCACUGGGGGACGGGGGAGAAAGGAGUUGGGAAAUUUAAGGUUUAAAAAAGGAGCAAAAAGAAAGGAUACCCCCCUCCCGGAUAGCACUGUUUACCUGGAAUCUGUAAAACAGAGUAGUCUUCAUCAUGCCUCAGAACGAACACAUUGAAUUGCACCGCAAGCGGCACGGCUACCGCCUGGACUACCAUGAGAAGAAGAGGAAGAAGGAGGGCCGGGAGGCCCACGAGCGGUCACAGAAGGCCAGGAAGAUGAUCGGCCUGAAGGCCAAACUUUACCACAAGCAGAGACACGCUGAAAAGAUCCAGAUGAAAAAGACCAUCAAAAUGCAUGAGCAGAGACAGACGAAGCAGAAGAAUGACGACAAGACGCCAACAGGAGCGGUACCUGCUUACCUGCUGGAUCGCGAAGGGCAAUCCCGUGCCAAAGUUCUCUCCAACAUGAUCAAACAGAAGAGGAAGGAAAAGGCUGGUAAAUGGGAAGUUCCACUACCCAAAGUACGAGCUCAGGGUGAGACGGAGGUGCUCAAGGUCAUUCGCACAGGAAAGAGGCAAAAGAAAGCAUGGAAGAGAAUGGUCACCAAAGUGUGCUUCGUUGGAGAUGGAUUCACUCGUAAGCCACCCAAAUACGAGAGAUUCAUCAGACCCAUGGGUUUACGUUUCAAGAAAGCACACGUAACGCAUCCGGAGCUAAAAGCCACUUUUUGCCUUCCAAUCCUUGGUGUGAAAAAGAACCCCUCGUCCCCCUUGUACACCUCUCUGGGAGUGAUCACCAAGGGCACAGUAAUUGAGGUCAACGUCAGCGAGCUUGGCCUGGUCACACAGGGGGGCAAAGUCAUCUGGGGUAAAUAUGCCCAAGUAACAAACAACCCAGAAAAUGAUGGAUGCAUUAAUGCAGUUUUGCUUGUGUAAAGACACUGCUUUAUGAACUGUUCCAUUUGGACAGAGACCAGGACUUGAUGUCCAUUCUAAGAUUCCAGAAAGUCAGAAGCAGCUUUUAAAGGAUAACAUCCAGAUAGAAGAGUCCGCACUGAACAGUGGCCAGCGACACCCAUUGCCACACUGGUUACUUGUAAUGAAGACAAGAAAGCAAAAUAAACUAAUUAUUUUUGCCUGU